UCACAGGAUGUCUUUCAAUCAAUGAAACAUGGCUUUAAUUAAAGACUGCGAAAGUUACAUUAUAAAAGAUCCUGAGUAUUAUGAAAUAACUGAGGACGAAAUACCGGUAGAGGACGAAAUUACCGUAAACGAAAAUUGUGCAAGGUUAUUUUAUCAUGUCAAACAAGCGAAUAUUAAUGGAAAACACAUCGUUUAUACAGUUCAGGCAUCGGAAGAGCCCGACAUAUACGACAUUGAUAAUCAAACACCACCUGAUUAUGAUCGAAGAGAUUUUUUUGCGACCAAUAGGAAAGAUGUGAAAAAGUAUCGGAGAAGGCGUCUUGGAUGUGACAUUAGUUUCCGGAAGUUUUCGUACAAACACACUAUGAUUCAAAACCAGCUGUCACAUGUUGCGGAAAAAGUAAAACGAAAAAAGAAAAUGUCAGAACAUAAAAAGAAAAAAUAUCACGAGCUUGGUACUCAAAUAAAACAACCAACAAAAGAUAAGACUUGGGAAUGUGAAAUUUGCCUCAUAACCUUUUCAAGUAGAAGCAACUUAAAAAGACACAUGGCUGUCCAUUUAGUUGAACCAGUUUCAAAUAGAACGUUCAAGUGUGAGAUCUGUGGCAAAACAUUUGGGGAGAGAAGCAAUUUUAAAAGUCAUGCAAAAACUCACAACUGUGACAUAAAAGAGGAUAACAAGUUCAGAUGUAAAGUGUGUGGAAAACAGGAGUCGAAUAAGAGAAAUUUUGACAAUCAUAUGAGAGUUCAUACAGGCGAACGACCUUUUCAGUGUGAUCUGUGUCACCUCUCAUUCAAACAAAAGAGCGCUCUCAGACGACACGAUAGCGUUCACACUGGAGAAUUUUUAAACAAAGGAAAGCCUAUCCAGUGUGAAAUAUGUGGCCGAUAUUUUGGACAAAGCCAUCAGUUAACUCGCCAUAUGAAAUGUCACAACCCACCAGCUAAGAGAGAAUACAAAUGCGAACACUGUCCAAAAGAGUUCAGCGAAAAGCAUCAUCUCGUACGACAUGUUCGAUUACAUACUGGUGAAAAACCGUACAAAUGUGAUUUUUGCGAUCAAAGAUUUACUUUUCACGCUGUUUACGCUAAUCAUCGAAGGAUUCACACAAAAGAAAAACCUUAUACAUGUGGUGUGUGUGAAAAAUCAUUUACACAAAUGACAACAUUGAACUUUCACAUGCAUGUGCACUCUGGAGAACCUCGUUAUAAGUGUAAAGUAUGUGGAGAAAAAUUUGGUCAGCACACUCGUCUGAAAAAGCACAAACUAGAAUUCAAUCAUUGAAGAUUUAUGUAUUUCAAAGCAAAAAAUAGCAUUAACAGUAGACUAUUUGUAAGGAAUUUGUUGUAAUUAUUUAUUUUUUUGUUGUUGCUAAGGGUUCGCUGUCUACUAGUACCAUGGCAAUGUGUAAUUUCUGUUAAAUAUUAAAUCUGUGAUAGUUUC